GUGGUGCGCUGGAGGUGUCUGCUGUAAAGUGCUGCUGGCUCGCAGCAUGGGCACCGGGGAUUACAUCUGCGUGACGCUGCGUGGCGGGUCGCCCUGGGGAUUCACGCUGCGGGAGGGAGAGGGGGACUCCUACCGACCUCUCCUCACGGCCCAGGUGGAGGAGGCCGGACGCGCCUUCCUGGCUGGAGUGCGUGAGGGCGACGAGGUGGUGUCGCUCAACGGGGAGCCGUGCGCCGAUCUCAGCCUCUUACGAGCCCUAGCUCUCAUCGACACAUCGAUCGACUGCCUGCAGCUGCUCCUCAAAAGAUACUGCUCCACUCCCCCUGACGACUAUGAAUCAGAAGUGACACUCUGUGGUGACAGGCUCCCGGAUGAGGCUUCUGUGGAGAGCACCACCCUCCACAUCUUCUCCCCAAGGGACCGGACCCAAAGCCCAAGGGAGCUCAUCAUAUCGGAGCUCCAGGGGGAGGGCUGCUGUGAUGAUCGGGGAAACCGGGAGCCUGUCUUUAGGGGAGCAGAUGAGGAGGCGCAGAGGUGCUUCUCCCCCGGGGACAUGGUCGAGCUGCAGGUGUCCCUGUCUGAGCAGACUCUGGGCGAUGCAGGCUGCACCUCCCUCGGGAGCGCCCUGGGGAUCGAGGGGGAGCUCUCCAACAGAGAGGCCAUCGAGACGGUCCAUACCUCCACCGCAUCGCACUUCGUGCCCUGCCCUGCCAGGAAGCCGCUUAGCCAGCGCGGGGUGGUGCUCGGCUCCCCGUCCAUGCUGGGGCAGGUGGAGGUCACUCUGCAGCAGCCAGCAGCAUCAGAGGAGGGGAGGGGCGUCCUGAGCGUGGGUGGCCCCAGGGUCAGUGGAAGUGACAGAGGAGGAGAAGGGGGAGGGCACUGCGCAGGAGUCCCAGGGUCUUUCACCGUCUCGUUUGGACUUCCCUCUGAGGAGGCGACACCGGCUGAGGAGCAGGACUCUGACUCUGAGGGGGAUCAAGACAAGCCCAACAAGCAUCGGGCCAGGCACGCCAGGCUCAGGCGUAGCGAGAGUCUGUCAGAGAAGCAGGUGAAGGAAGCCAAGUCCAAAUGUAAACAUAUUGCUCUCCUUCUUACGGCUGCUCCGCCAAACCCCAACAACAAGGGGGUGUUGAUGUUCAAGAAACAUCGGCAGAGGGCCAAGAAAUACACGCUUGUGAGCUACGGCACAGGAGACGACGAACCAGAGUACAGUGACGACGACGACGAGGAAGCAAGAGACGGCGAACAACCAAACCACACUGUUGAAUUUACCCUUGUAGCUCCAAACAGUUCUGAAAUAGAAAAGCACAUCAUCGCUAACACCCAUAGUGGUAAAGGUGUGCUAACCAUCAACUGGGACAAGGGUCUCCUUGAGAUCGAAAGGAACCUGAACAAUCAAGAAGAGAUGGAAUCCUUGCCCGAAACAAAGGGUAAAGGCGCCCUAAUGUUUGCCCAGCGACGUCAGAGAAUGGAUGAGAUUACUGCUGAACACGAGGAGCUCAGGCGCCAGGGGAUUCCCGUGGAAGGAGUGCAGGAGGCUGAAAAGAAGACAAUGGAGCAGUCGUACAUGCAGUCCACAACAGAGAGCCAUGCGUACAUGGAUGUGAAUAUACACCAACAAAGCCAACACCAGCAACAGUACAAGCAAUAUCAAGAGCAACAGUACUACGAGCAGCAACAGCACUACCAGCAACAGCAGCAGUACCAACAGCAAUAUCAGCAAGAACAGUAUGAGCAACAGAAUUAUCUACAGCAACAAAUGUACCAGCAGCAGCAGCAGCAGGAAUAUCAUCACGAGCAACAGCAAAUGCAGCACUAUGCUGCCAAUAUUAACGGCACAGUCCAACAUCAAAGCAGCGAAAUGCAGAGUUCUCUCAGCAAUCGCACUGCAAAGCCCUUCUCACUGGAAAACAUGGCGGCGACCCCUUAUUCUUCUGCAAUGAGUGGGACCAAUCAGGAUUCUGUGGGCCAAGGAGAGCAGAUAGCUUCCCGCGACGAGCGCAUCUCUACCCCUGCUAAUAGGACUGGCAUUCUGAUGGAUACAAAGAGAAAAGGUGCUGGCAAGCCUAUGUUCACAUUCAAGGAGGCACCAAAGGUAUCGCCAAACCCGGAAUUGCUCAACCUCCUUAACAGGAGCGAUAAGAAGUUGGGUUUUGAGUCAGGACCUGAGGAAGACUACCUUAGUCUUGGGGCCGAGGCUUGUAACUUCCUCCAAUCUCAACGAGUUAAACACAAAACUCCUCCACCAGUGGCUCCGAAGCCUAUGAUCAAUCCCAACGCUCCUCCUUGGUCCCCACAGACAGAAAUGACAAACCAGGACAUGCCACAGUGCGCUGAAAAUAGUGUAUCCACACCUGCUAUAGCCCCCACCAUAGAGAGUAGCCCUGCUCCAGAACUAGAGCCAACUCCUGCACCUGCCCCUGAGCCCUCUCCCCCUCCUACUGCCCAGGGGGCUCCUGCCAGCACUGCUACAGAGGAGCAGCACACAUGGACUCUGCCAGAGCCUCAACAGCCUCAGCAACUGACUGCGCAUGAGGAUAAUGUUCACAUGAAUUCUACCCCACAGCCAGACCCUGCUCCUGUGAAUACCUGGGCUACAGCACAGAUACAGGUCCAACCACAACCACAUACUAAUUCCUGGCAUCAAGCUCAAGUGCAGCCUCAGGAACCUGUUCCAAGUCAGUCCCCACCGCAGCCACCUUGGGUAACACGACAGUCGUCUCAGACACAAGCACAGGCUCAGCUCUCUAUAAAUACAUGGAGCCCUCAAAUUCAGCCAUCCUGGGGUCAGCCUCAGGACCAGGCACAACCCCAGACCCAUGCACAGCAAUCCUGGGCCCAACCUCGGGAACAACCACCGUCUCAGCCACAGGUUCAGGCACCCUGGGCGCAAUCUCUCGAGCAGCCGCACCCGCAGCCAACUUGGGGGCAACGUCAGGAACCAGUGCAGCAGCUCCCCCAAGCCUCUUGGACUCGGCUAUCAGAAACAGACACUCAGCAUCAGCAGGCAUGGGUGCAACAGUCUCAAGCACAACCUCCCUGGGUUAGACCGGUUCAGCCCGAAUCCCAGCAGCAGCCACCAUGGGUUCAACAACCACAACAUCAGGCUCCACAACAAGCGUGGCAACAGGUUCAAGCACCAGGUCAACCACAACAACCCUGGGCCUCAGUUCCGCCUCAACAGCCACAGCAGCCUUCAGUUAACGCAUGGCCUUCCUCACCAGCUCAACUUCAACCUGCCCCAGUACAACCCCAAGCUACUUUGAAUCCAUGGGCACCAGUACCUCCCCAGCCUCAGUUCCAAUCAUCAUGGACCCAGGAGCAAAAUCAGGCACAAAAUCAGGCACCUUGGGGUCAUCCGGUCCAACCCCAGCAUACUUCACAAGCAAAGUGGACGCCAUCAACUCCAUCAAAAACACCGCAGCCACAAAUGAAUGUAUGGCCAGCGUCUGAAACACAGCCUCAGACCCCUGUAAACGCCUGGGCCCCACAGCCACAACAAACACCUAGCAAUGUUCACGCAUCAAUGGUAAACACCCGUCCAUCUCCAAAACCUUGGCAGCCACCACAACACGCAACCCACAACCAGACUCCUCCCCCUCCACCCCAGCGGAUGCACUCCUUUUCUCUUGGUCAGAGAGUAUCAUCACCCAUCAACCCAAUGGCCACUGUCUUAAACCCACAAUCCCCAGGUUCAGCUUUCGAGAUGCCAGCGGUCCGAGGAAAAGGAGCCGAUAUGUUCGCCAAGAGACAGUCACGUAUGGAGAAAUAUAUCGUGGACUCGGAGACUGUGCAGGCAAACAAGGCAAGCCGUUCAGCUUCACCAACUGCUUCCUUGCCAAGCGAGUGGAGAUAUACUCCCAAUGUACGUGCCCCACCUCCGCGUGCUUAUAAUCCUAUUCACUCACCUUUUUACCCCCCAGCAGCGACAAAGCAGCCCCCUCCAGGAAGCCCUUCAUCCAAAGCCAAGAAAAAAGGCAAAGAGAAACAAACUCCUGCCCCCAAACCCCUCAAUGUUAUAGAUGUCAUGAAGCAUCAACCAUAUCAACUAAAUUCCUCACUGUUCACCUUUGGCCCAGCCGUAGAGGCACCCAAACCCCCUGUGCCUAAGCCAGACUCUUUACCUCUUAACCCACCUGUCGACAAUCCAUCAGUAAGAUAUGAGCCAAUGCCCCCCAUGCAGCCAGCUGGACAAUUUAAUGCUCCAUACCCCCAGCAGCCCUAUGGGAUGCCAAUGCAACCUAUGAUGCAUGAUGGCCUCUACCAACAAGCCCCAGCUAGCGGUUACCCUGCGCCUAAUCCUUACCAGCAGCCCCCUCCUCCUGGUGGUCCAUACCAGCACGCAUAUAACCAACCGUAUCAGCCGCCUCUUCCACCUGCUUAUCAGCCUCAAAGUCCUCAGUCUCCAAACCCCAUGUACCAGCAGGCACCGCAGGCCCCUUACCAACCAGCCAGCAGCCCUCCUUACUUAUCAGCCCCCUCGGUCCCUUACCAGCCCCAGCCUCCCAGUACCUAUGUUGUUCCUAGCUUCCCUCUGGCUGCGAGGCCUGAAUCCGCAUCAGGUGGCAACCCUGUAGCUGCUCCAAAGCCCAAAUUUACAGCUAAAAAGAGCUCAGCGCAGGUGUGGAGGCCCACAGCUGUGGAUAAAUAGUGAUUCUGGUUGAAUCAUGACAUGCUUGGUGUCUUUUUGAAUCCAAGGGUUUGUGCUCUGUCCACUGAGAUGUGGAAUAUUUUUAGCACUUGCUCUUUUUGAUGAGCUGCCUUCACGUCCAGCUGCUGUUGAUGGUGUAUUGGCAUCAAACAAACAUGAUAAAUGCAGCAGUAAGAAAGGGACAUAUGCAAAUGCAAAUCACUUCAUAGUAAAUUAUACAGAUACACAAAAAAUCCUUUGGAUUCUGAAUGGAUUUGUGCAAUUUGAUGUAAACGAUUCUAAAGCGAAGGCAUAAUAAGAAUGUAGGUGGGCACGAUACUCAGCAUUAAAUGUAGGAAGAGAGAAAAAAAAAGUGCUAAACAGUGGCAACAGGAAGUCGAUGUCUGAAAAGAAGAAAAUGACAAACGUGUGUUCAACUAUUUUGAGAAGAAAAAAACACAUCUGAAAUGUAAUAAAACGAACUGAACGAGAAGUUCACUGGCAACAAGCUAAAGCUAAAUUUGCAUUGUCAGCAGUGUCGUAAGGACCGAGACUGUAAACUGUGACUCUGCAGAGUUUAAAGUAAAGCCUGGAGCGUAACACAGUGCUCGGUUCAGAAAGCGACAACGCUGACCUCAAAUGUUUGAUCUGUGAGGAGUUUUUCUUCAGUGCCUUUUCCAUAGCACCUACCUAAGUAGGUUAUUUUUAUUGUAAGCUUGAAGCCAGCUGUUGCGUCAUGUUAGGGACUAUAUUUAAAGUGCCUCAUGAGGAGCGCUGAGCUCCAUAGAUAGAACUCUGGGCUUAGAUUUCAGCUUCAGCUAAGUGAAACGGGUUCUGGAGCUUCACGAGGAGCUACAGAAGCUGACGCGUUUCACUCUUCCAGGCGUCUUGUUCUGACUGCUUUUGUAUUGUUUUGAACCAAACCGGCCGGUUUGGUUCACAGAUAUGUUGCUUUCGCUCUUUAUGUUCUUCCCUUGUUUCGGUGUGUUUCUUCAUAGUGCACUUUCUGUAUGAUUCACUGCAGUGCCAUUAAAACUUCUUUUAUCCUU